AACACACUUCACUAGUUAAAACUUAGGAACCCUAGCUAGAGAAUGGCGAUGGCAACACAAACCCAUCUGUUGGAGGUGAUACAGACGGAGAUUCUAGCGAGAUUACCAUUGAAAACCAUCUCCAGAUUCAAAGCAGUGAGCAAGACAUGGAAAUCAACAAUCGGAUCUUCGUAUUUCCGCCGUCACUUUUUAUCUCUGCUGCAUCGAAACUCAUCAUCAUCAUCGUGGUCCCUCAUGUACGGACGAGACGAACUCAUAGUUUUCCAUGGACGCAAAACAUGUGAUGAUCUUAAUCCAAAAUCUCCAGCUCCACUCAUCCCACACUCUUUCAAACGUUACCUCUGCGGUGACUGCGACUAUGUUGAUUCUUCCGGUGGAUUGGUUUUGCUCACAGACGGAUCUGACAAAACUUACUGCUACGUCGGGAGUCCAGUCACACAGCAAUGGAUCAAAAUCCCUCCUCCUUCUCCUCCAUCUGAUCCGACAGGUGUUCAUUCUACUGUGUUUGGUUUAGUGACUCGCUUGGACGAGGACGGUGUCGUUUUGAGCUUUAAAGUGGUUAGGAUAGCUUCUUACCAAGCCACAAAUAAUUAUCUCUCGAGUGUCUUGAGUGUGUUUGUGUAUUCCUCUGAGACAGGGGUUUGGAUUUCUAAAGUGAUUCAAUGUCCCCAUCAAAUCACCAACAUGUGCUAUAUCAACCUGAAUGGUACGGUUUACUUUACUUGUCUGAGCGAACCUGGCGUACUCGCAGCUCAUGAUUUCUAUUCUGAGUCCGAUCAGUUCCGGGUUGUGCAAUUACCGGACUAUCCUGAUCACAACAAGGACUACAAACGAACCUUGACUAUAUCAGGAGGCUCUGUCAUGUAUGUCAGAACAUUGGCUAAAAAGGACGAAACUGUUUUGAAGAUUUGGAGGCUGAACAGUGAUGGCAUUGACACUUGGCAACUUUUGUGGGAAGUAGGCUUCCCGAUUGUCGGUAAUUACGCACCCGUGGCAAUGCAUCCAUUUGAUAUAAGUACUGCCUAUCUAUGGAGUCAAGGUGAUUAUCAUUGGGUAUCUUGUAACUUGCGGAAACGAGACUACACAUUCCUCGGUGAUGCAUCUAGUAAUGGUUGUUUCAUUGACGAGUCGGUUUGUAAGAAGAGUGUGGAUGAGAUAUGGCGUCCAAGAUCAUCAUCAAAUUUAGAGGAAGAAGACUUGGACUUUGAAGUUUGUAUCUGGUUAUGCCCAUUCGUGAUCCCACGGUGGAUUGAAUCGGUGCCUCGUCCUCCCCAAGCUGAGAUGAUGGAUACGACUUCACUACUUUCCUACGCUACUGCAACACAUGAGGCAAGGAUGGAGGAUAUAAGAAAUGAGGAGUACUUUUGGAUGCAGGUCGAGCAAGGUCUGAUCUGAGAUUCUGGGAGUUCAGUACAUUUUUUAUUUAUUUUAAGAUGGAGUACUAUCAAUAUGGUUUUUAUGUGAUGUCUUUUGUUAUUGUUUUAUAACGUUUCGAACUAUGCUCUGUUUUUAGA